AUGGGCUUACUCGAGAGCAUGAUGGUCGCCAGCCCGCUGAGCAUCGCCGGAACCCUCUUCGGGGCCUGCGUCCUGCUCCUGGUUUACUUCAGAUUCAGGACUGAGUACAACAUCAAGAAAUCGGGCGGCGUGAGGGCGCCAGUCAUUUCAUCCAACCCGAUAACAGCGAUUCCUGUGUUUAUCCGCGUGGGCCGUGCCCAACUCAGGCACCAGCUCCUCGAUGGCUUCAACAGCCUCUUCAGCGUCGCCACGCCCGAGUCUCCUCACACCAUCGAGAUGACCUUCUCGGGCAAGGUCCGGUUCCUCAUCACCCGGGAGCCGGAGCACAUCAAGACGAUCCUCACCUCCAAGUUCGCCGACUUCGGCAAGGGCCCUAUGUUCCACGAGGGCUGGUCCCCGUUCCUGGGCGACAGCAUCUUCACCACCGACGGCAAGGUGUGGCAGGAAAACCGGAGCCUGAUCCGGCCCAUGUUUGUCAAGGACCGUGUCAGCGAUCUCGCCAUCUUUGACAAGUGGACGACAACGAUGAUCGGCAUGUUUCCCGCGUCGGGUGUCACCUUUGACAUCUCGGAUCUCUUCUACCGGAUGACUCUCGACGUGACGACCGACUUCCUGCUCGGGCACAGCGUCAACAGUCUCGGAAACCCGAGGCACCUCUUUGCGCAAGCCUUCAACGAUGUCCAGAGGUAUCAGAUGUUCUACACCAUUAUGGCACCUUUUCAGAGAUUCCUGCCUCACGGCAAAUACAACCGCGGCAUCAAGCUCAUCGAAGAGUUCAUCCUCCCGUUCAUCCAGGAGGCGCUCGCCCUGCCGCCCUCGGAGCUCGAGAAGCUCACCAAGUCGGACAAGGACUUCACGUUUCUCCACAACAUUGCCCGCUGCACACGCGACCCUAAGGUCAUCCGCGACCAGCUAGUGGCCAUCCUGCUCGCCGGGCGCGACACGACGGCGGCGACGCUGUCGUGGACGCUGUACGAGCUGGCGCGGUACCCAGACGUGUACGCCAAGCUGCGGCACGAGGUGCUGACGACGGUGGGGCCGCGGCGGGCGCCGAGCUACGAGGACCUCAAGAGCAUGAAGUAUCUCGCCAACUGCCUGCAGGAGACACUGCGACUGUACCCGGCAGUGCCGUACAACGUGCGCUCGGCGCUGACGACGACGACGCUGCCUGGGCUGAACGGCGGGCCGGAUAUCGCCGUGAUCGAGGGCGACUCAGUGGUGUAUAGCACGCUGGGGAUGCAGAGGCGACGCGACCUGUACCCGGAGGAGUCGGCGACGUUUGCGGACCCGGCUAUCUACAGCCCCGAGAGGUGGGAGAAUUGGCAGCCGAAGCCGUGGCAGUACGUGCCGUUCAACGGCGGCCCGAGGAUCUGCGUCGGGCAGAACUUUGCUAACACGGAGAUGGCUUUCACGAUGGUCCGGAUUCUACAAAAAUACGAUAGGCUCGAAUACCGCGGCGACUGGGAGGCGCAGGUGCUGAAGGCAGAGAUCGUGGGCGCGCCGAAACACGGCGUGCCGAUUGCGUUCUUUGAGGCUGUCGACGGCGAGAUGGCGUGA